GUGAGAACCGACGCUACAAGCGGCGUGCUUAUUUUUUUAAAAUACUUGCUUAUUUUUAAUUUUAAUGUUAUAACCCUUAAACAUAAUGGCGGGAGUUUUAUUCGAAGAUAUAUUUAACGUUAAAGACAUGGACCCUGAAGGCAAAAAGUUCGAUCGUGUUAGUCGAUUACAUUGUGAAUCAGAGUCAUUUAAAAUGGACCUCAUAUUAGAUAUAAAUUCUUGGAUUUAUCCCAUGGAGUUAGGUGAUAAGUUCAGGCUGGUGCUGGCGACGACGCUAAGGGAGAAUGGUUAUCCUGAUGGAGGUGAAUGGAAUCCUCUAGAAACAGAGGGUAACAGAGCGGACAGUUUCGAAUAUGUUAUGUAUGGAAAGGUUUAUAGGAUAGAUGGUGAUGAGGUAGCAAUGGAGCCAGCAUCACGCUUAUCAGCGUAUGUUUCCUUCGGCGGACUCCUGAUGAGGUUGCAGGGGGACGCGAACAAUUUGCACGGUUUCGAAGUGGAUCAACACAUGUAUUUGUUAAUGAAGAAACUUGCUUUUUAGUUUCUUUGCCUAAUUAAUAAGCAUUUGUUAUUCUUUUUGUUACAUAUGAAUAGUUCUCAAAUUCUGUAUAUAAUUGAAGACUGCCUUGUUGGUCUCUACAUAAGGCCAUAAAUCCUGUACAUGGAUUCAGACUCCAAAUCGGGCUUGGGCUUUUCUGUCGAAGAUUCUCAGUUUGGAGUCAGAAAGCGUGUAAAGCCAUGGUCCUUCUAAACUCUUUCUGAUCAUGUCAGAUACUUCAGGAAACACAUUACCACCAUAGAAGUGUCAGCAUUCAUUUUAAAAUACCAACAAUUUUAUAAUGCAUCAAUCUCUAAAGCAGAGAUGACUUAGCGGUACAUCUGUAUCUAAUUUAAAUAUCAUAAAUUUUAUUUAUUUAUUUAAUCAGCAAACUACAGUAACAGAAGGUUUUUAGCUUAUUCCACCACGCUGCUCCAAUGCGGGUUGGUAGAAUACACAUGUGGCAUAAUUUCAAUGAAAUUAGACACAUGCAGGUUGCCUCACGAUGUUUUCCUUCACCGUCAAGCACGAGAUGAAUUAUAAACACAAAUUAAGCACAUGAAAAUUCAGUGGUGCUUGCCCGGGUUUGAACCCACAAUCAUCGCUUAAGAUACACGCGUUCUAACCACUAGGCCAUCUCGGCAAACUAACAAUAUACAUAUUAAAUGGUGGCAUACAUAACAUCCAUAGAAAAAAAACAACUUCUGAGGUGUAUAUCGAUUACAAGUGUACACAUUAUUCAAUUCCUUCAACAUUUUAAAUCAGCUUCAAAGAAUUUUCAUGUUUAUUAUAAAUAUAGAAUAUUCUGCAUCCCCGACCUGCACUGUAGCUAUGCCUGUGAAAUAAGCAAACCUUGAGGGGGCCCAAUAGGAUGUAAUAGUUAUGUAUAAAAUAACUUUUAGACCAGUAUAAUAUGUUGACAAAAAGCGGUACAAACCAAAAAUAGCAAACAAAUUCCAAAAGCAUUACAUUUUAUGAUCUAUAAGAAGGAUCAUAUAUAGAUUCUUCUUUAACUUUUAAAAUAUAUUAACUAAACUUUUUCAAUUAAAUAAAAUUGUGACUGUUCCAUAAAUUAUCAAUAUACUACAGACAAUCUGAAUGAGAAAAAACGUAUAUAGUUGAAAGUAUGACAAAUGUUAUUUUACUUUAGAAUUAAGUUAUCUUAAGAAUAAAAAUUAAAUUUAUCAUUA